UUGCAUGUCUAGCUGAGAACGGAAUGGCGUGUUCGGAUUUCGAAAAAGUUUUGUUCAUCUGAAAAUACUGGCCGUAUUCCGAUUUUAGUGUUCGAUUUAAAAAACCAUUAGGUCAAAUGACAUUAUUAUUUUUUUUAUUUUAAGAGUGGCAUAGAAAAUACAUAUAGGUAUUGUGCUAGUAUCUAAUGUGGUAGUGAUUGAAUUGUAAGUGUUGUUUAGUGUGGAAUAAUUAGUGUUUGCAGUUGAUUGAGAAAUAGUUGAAUCACAGCCAGCGCUAAAUAUGGCGACAGCUUCGCGUGAUCACAAAAGCUUCGUAUCAGCAUGAGCCGAAAACGUUUCAUCGAAAAAUGUUUACAUAACACAUCAAAAUAAAAAUGGCCGCAAAAAUAGAUCAAACGUACAAAACCAUUGCGAUGGUAAUCAUUUAUAAUCUGUGUCUAAUUAGUGACGUGAGAAACGAUAGUGUUGAAACAUAUAACAAUACAACAAUUUUGAACUUUGUAGAUAGUGAUUUCAAUAUUGCAGAAAUGCAUACAAUACACAAACGUUAUAAUAACAACAGUGUCAUUGAAGCGUUCGAAAAAUUUAAUAUUAGUGUUGUUGAUAUGAAAAAUGUAACAGGUGAAUUCAUUGAUAGGGAUGAUGCGACAACUGAAUUUGACGUAUUAAACUAUACGGAGAAUUGCGUUGGAGAUCAGGACUAUUGUAACAUGACAGAGGAAGAAUAUAUGGACAUGUUGAACGCGUACAUAUACCCACAUCCGUAUGAAUGGGUGUUAAUAGCGACUCAUGCGAUAGUGUUUGUCAUCGGUUUGAUAGGGAACGCUUUGGUGUGCAUAGCAGUGUACAGGAAUCACUCAAUGAGAACAGUGACGAACUAUUUCAUAGUGAAUCUGGCUGUGGCUGAUUUCAUGGUGAUACUGAUAUGUUUGCCGCCGACCGUGCUGUGGGAUGUGACUGAGACUUGGUUCUUCGGCACAGCAAUGUGCAGGAUCGUCUUGUAUUUUCAGUCCGUGUCAGUGACAGUGUCAGUGCUAACCCUCACGUUCAUCUCGGUGGACCGCUGGUACGCGAUCUGCUUCCCGCUCAAGUUCAAGUCCACCACGGGCCGCGCCAAGACCGCCAUACUCAUCAUAUGGCUACUUUCACUGCUUUUUAAUAUACCAGAAUUCGUGAUGCUGCAAGUACAAAGGAAGAUCCAGCUGCGUUUCAACGUGCAAUAUUUCAUGCAGUGUGCGUCCACGUGGUCAGACGAUAGUGACCUCAAAUGGCAUAUAAUAAAGGCUAUAUUCCUUUACACGUUCCCACUUCUUCUGAUGAUGAUAGCAUACUGCCAAAUCGUGAGGGUCCUCUGGAGGUCUGACAACAUUCCUGGACACACGGAAUCACAUAAACUGUGCGCUACGCCUACUGGACAGAACAAUUGGUUAGCCGUUAACCGUCGGACCACUCCAUCAAUCCACGCGAACGCUUCCACCGAGGGUCAGUUGCGUUCAAGAAGGAAAGCCGCCAAGAUGCUGGUGGCUGUCGUCGCUAUGUUUGCUGUAUGCUACUUCCCAGUUCAUCUGCUGUCGGUCCUGAGAGUGGCGUACGACGUUCAACAAAGCGAUGUGAUGACCUGCAUCGCUCUCAUCUCCCACGUGAUGUGCUACGCCAACUCGGCCGUCAAUCCGCUCAUCUACAACUUCAUGAGUGGAAAGUUCCGACGGGAGUUCCACAGGUCUUACUUCAAAUGCUUCUGCUGUUGUCUCUCUUCCCCCACCACCGAUCAGAACGGGACGUCCUUCGCUCCCAUUGGCAGUUCCAGAGCCGGCACAACAAGGACCAUAGUCAGGCGAAACGACUCCUGCGCAAGCUAUCGCCUAACGCACCUAUCGCCGUCGAACCACAACAGCAUACAUCGAGACUACAUUCGAAAUUCGAACACGUCUUUCAUUGAAAAUUUAAACGGUAAUAGGCGGCCGAAAAUUCGUGAUGACUCCAUCAGCGAGUCCGCAACUAGAUUCACUUUGACCUCAGAAGUGGUUAGAGAUUGACAGUUGGGUAAAAAUUUUCUCGUGCGCUACAACGACGGCAGGAAAGACGGCAUUGAAAACUAUAUAGCUCGAAGCACAAACAGUAUUGAUUGUAAACCUUAUUACGAUUGCUUUAAAGGCGCCGGUCCGAGUGGAUGUGAAUCAAAACGUGGAUGUGAUCUUGACGAAAGAUACAGCGACACGUACGCCGAUUACAGAGAAGAGGAAUGUAAGGACGUAUACGAUGAAACUAAAAACGGGUUUAAAUUUAAGUUCAAUCGUAGCUUAAACAGCUGUCAGAUCAAGAAUAAAAGGAAGGUCAAUACAGUGUAUUAAAAGAUAUUGUGUACAUACAUAUGGUCACGUCUAUAUCCCUUGCGGGGUAGACAGAGCCAACAGUCUUGAAAAAACUGAAUGGCCACGUUCAACUAUUUGGUUUAAUGAUAGAAUUGAGAUUUAAAUAGUGACAGGUUGCUAGCCUAUCGCCUAAAAAGGAUCCCUAGUUUGUAAACUUAUCCCUUAGUCGCCUUUUACGACAUCCACGGGAAAGAGAUGGAGUGGUCCUAUUCUUUUUCGUAUUGGUGCCGGGAACCACACGGCACUAUAACAAAUAUAUUGUGUGUGUUUGUCCUAAUAUUGUAUAUAAAUGCACAACAAAAUAUAAUUUGAUAGUAUAAACUGAGUGAUUUGCAGUAAUCUAAUUAAUUUUUAAGAAUUUAGUCAUAAGGGAACAUUUAUCUCUCUCAUCUUUGCGUGUUCCCAGUUGCAUCCUCUGCUGUUGGAUUUUGGAACCCUGGGUUCGCUUCCUAAUAUUUUACAUUUUCUCGAUUUCAGCAACGUCAUUUACGAGUCUUAU